CCUUUGAAAGCCUCCUCCUCCUCUACUUUCGCUUCUCCAUCUUUUAACACAAAACCUCUGCAAGCAUCAUCAUCAUCAUCAUCAUGGCUUUAGAGGAUGGUUUUCCGGCUGAACGUCUCUUCAAUCAAGGCUUCUCAUACACAUAUGAUGAUGUAAUCUGCCUCCCUGGUUACAUAGAUUUCCCUACUGAUGCAGUCAAUUUAAGAACAAAAUUUACCAGAAACAUUGAUUUAUCGCUUCCUUGUAUUUCUUCUCCGAUGGACACUGUUACUGAAUCAUCAAUGGCUGUAGCUAUGGCAGCUCUGGGUGGGAUUGGUAUUGUUCAUUACAACAACCAGGCAACUGAGCAAGCUGCUUUUAUUCGAUCAGCUAAGUCUCGUCAUAUACCCUUGUUUUCUGAUUUAAUCUUUAAAGCGCCUUCCGAUUCGAUUGAUUCUGCUGGUGAAUUUGCUACUUCUCCGUGUAUUUUUGUUACUGAGUCAGGGAAUUCGAAAUCGAAGUUGUUGGGUGUUGUUGGGAAGUCAGAUUGGGAGAAAUUGAGUGAUAAAGAUGUUCCGGUUGCGGAUUAUAUGUUUGAAUCGACUGUUUCGGCUCCGUCGAGUUAUUCGUUUGAGCAGGCUGCUGCGUUUUUAGCAGCAAGGAAGCUGGAUUACUUACCUUUGGUUAGUGCACGAGAUGGUGAAGUUGUUGACGUGUUUACCAAAGAUUAUGUUGAGAGGAUUCAAGGUUAUCCCGCGUUGGGGAUUCCUUCUUUGGAUAAGGAGGGAAAUUUGUUGGUUGGUGCAGCAAUUGGGACGAGGGAGGAUGAUAAAUUGAGAUUGGAACAUCUGGUGAAGGCAGGUUUAGAUGUAGUGGUGCUGGAUAGUUCACAGGGUAACUCGACUUAUCAGAUAGAUAUGAUUAAGUUUGUGAAGAAUACUUAUCCUGAGUUGGAUGUUAUUGCUGGGAAUAUUGUUACCUCGUAUCAGGCACAGAAUUUGAUUCAAGCUGGAGCUGAUGCAUUGAGGGUUGGUAUGGGUUCUGGGUCGAUUUGCACAACGCAAGAGGUCUGUGCUGUAGGGAGAGGGCAGGCAACAGCUGUAUAUAAGGUUUCAUCUGUUGCUUCACGAAGUGGUGUCCCUGUGAUUGCUGAUGGUGGUAUAUCAAAAUCUGGGCACAUUGUCAAAGCUUUGAUGCUUGGUGCAUCUACAGUCAUGAUGGGAAGUUUCUUGGCUGGGAGCAGUGAGGCUCCUGGUGCCUACGAAGUUCAGGGUGGACGUCGCAUCAAAAAGUACAGGGGCAUGGGGUCCCUAGAAGCAAUGUCAAAAGGGAGUGAUGUUCGCUAUUUAGGAGAUGCAUCGAAGCUAAAGGUUGCUCAAGGGGUUGUAGGGGCAGUGGCAGACAAAGGUUCUCUUUUGAAGUUGAUUCCCUACACAAUGCAUGCAGUCAAACAAGGAUUUCAAGAUCUAGGCGCAUCGUCUAUAGACUCAGCUCACAAGCUCCUGCGAUCAAACGAACUAAGACUAGAGGUUCGCACUGGUGCAGCACAAAUUGAAGGUGGAGUGCAUGAUUUAGUGUACUAUGAGAAGAAAUCUUUCUGAGAGCAUCCAAUUUUUAAGACAGCAAUAUCUGCUUAUUGUAUCGAUAGGUUUUUAGAUUGGACCAGUUGGUCCAGUUUGGCGACUUUAAGAACAAAUACGUACAUUAGUUCUGUCAAACAUUUGUUUCAAAAAGUUACGAAAAAAGAAACUGGGAAAGUUAAUCUACUGAGGUUACAUCAAUUCGAAAGAUAAUUUCCAUGUGUUUUUCUUCUGAAAGUUCAUGUAAUAUCAACGUCUGCAGCUUAUAGAGACUAUUUAUAGAGACUAUUGAUCCA